CUGCAUAAUAACAGCGUUCUACAGGCUCACGCGCCCAAGAUGGGGUCCCCCAUCUCGCAGACAUGUACACAGUACGCAAUUCCAGUGCUACGUACCAGUACUUCUAGGUUUUCCCACCGUAUCUCACCAACCCACCGAAGAAUGCUGGAGACUGUGGUGACAUUUUAAUGUGCUGGUGGGUUCACCUGGAAGGAGCUGCCGACAGCACACAAUGACGACGACCAGCCUGUCAGUGUCCGGGGAGCUGGCCCUAGAGCCCCUGGUCAGUUGCAAACUGUGCCUAUGUGAGUGGCCUGCUGACAGGAUGAGCACCCUCCAAGCAUGCAACUGUGUCUUCUGUACCUCGUGCCUAAAGCAGUAUAUGCAGCUUGCGGUCAGAGAAGGCUGUGGCGCACCCAUCUCAUGCCCUGACAUGGCCUGUCUGAAGAAUGGGACUUUCAUUGAUUCUGAGAUUGCUGGUUUCAUCCCUUCAGAUCAGGUUCAGUUGUAUCAGCGAUUAAAAUUUGAGAGAGAAGUGCAUCUGAAUCCAUAUAAAACCUGGUGUCCUGUUGCAGAAUGCCAGGCUGUGUGUGACAUUGAAUCAAAUGAUGUUGGACAUCUUGUGCAAGUCAAGUGUCCCACCUGCCAAACUGAGUUUUGUUCUGUCUGUAAGGCAGACUGGCAUCUGGGGCAUUCUUGUUCAGAAAGCCAAUCUCUCAAUCUACCAGCUUCUUUUGACAACGGUGUUCCUAUCAGCAAUGACACAGAAGCUCCAAUCAAGCAGUGCCCUAUGUGCAGUAUCUAUAUUGAACGAAAUGAAGGCUGCGCUCAAAUGAUGUGCAAGAACUGUAAACACACAUUCUGCUGGUACUGUCUUCAAAAUCUAAAUAACGACAUAUUCCUGAGACAUUAUGAUAAAGGGCCAUGCAGAAAUAAACUGGGACACUCCCGGGCUUCUGUGAUGUGGAAUCGGACUCAGGUUGUGGGUAUCCUGGUUGGUGUGGGUAUACUUGCACUGGUGACCUCACCACUCUUACUCCUGGCAUCGCCGUGCAUUAUCUGCUGCAUCUGCAAGUCCUGUCGGGGAAAGAAGAAGAAGAUGAAACAGCAAGACCAGCCAACUACAUGAAAGAAAAAAGAGGGCACCUAUAACCUAUUGGUGCCAAGCUUAACAAUACAGGUGUCCACCAUUCAUGUCUUGGUGGAACAAGUGCCUAAUAUUUGUGUGCCUGCAUUCUGGUGAAAGGCUUUGCUGAAUUUUGUUUGAAUGCCGCAGCGGUCAUCCUGACUUUAAUGAAGACACUGAAUAAUUGCAGUUAUAGUAGUGAAAGAAUAAAACACAAGGAAUAUGUUUUGUGAACUUUGAGGGCAAAAAAACCAAACACAUAUUCUCUUCAAGAAUCCUUUUUUUUUUUUAUUGCAUUAUGUGUAUGCCAUUCGUAAGGAUUAAAACCAGUUACUGGGUCUCUUAGCAACAGCACAGUUUGCACCGCCAGAGAAAAUACUAUCAUAUCUAUUCUAUUUUAAUUAUAAAAAAUUGAGAAUUGGCAACAUAAACUAUUGCUGGUAUUUUUGUCAUAAACUGGCUUAUUUGCAAUUUUCAUAGGGAUUGAGGAAGCGUACUCCAGGUUCAAGAUGUAUGUACAGUAUGGGUCGACAAAACAUUGCUAAAUUUGCACCAAUUUUUUUUUUUUUUUUUUUUUUUUUUUUUUACAAAACAUUAGUUAUUUGAAGAUGUACUGUACAUGCACUUUUGUUGUUUUAGUUCUAUAGCAUUUACAAAAGGUUUACAAAAUGCACUGGGGUAAAUGCUUUGUGAAUAAAUAGCCCGAGUAUGUGGUGGCCAGAAAGCAAAAUCAGUCAUUUUAUAUGUCGGGUGAUUUACAUUUAAAUAAUUAUUUUGGUAUGUAUCUAGAUGUUUUGUUGAAUGAAAAAUUGUGCAUUCAACAUAUGGUAUGUUUAAAGCUUUUGAUUCAAGGUGGUUUUCAAGUUUACGAUCAAUCUAAACUCUCAAGUUACCCUACCCAUGUGGCACAACCAUGUCAUUGCAAAACACCAUUUUUACUGUCGCAUUCAUAAUUAACUUCUCUAAAUGGUAAAUAUACUUAUUUUUGGUACUUCUAUGUAUCUUUUCACAACAUUUUGUAUAAAGAGAGAAAAAUUAUGCCAAUGACAUUGUUUGUGACAAAUUGAGUUGUCUGUUGCAUUAAGAUAUUUUACUGAGCAGCGAAUGCUCUACAAUCUUAGAUUUGAAAGUCAAACUUAGUAAUAAACUUUCUAAACUUUUUGAUGGUGGACAUCCACCAUCGGUAUCUUAGCAUUAAGCUUUAAGCAGAUAAAGUACAGCCAUAUUCAUUCUGUUUCAUUCCGAUGUGUGUUAAAUUCAGUGCACCAUGUGUUCCUGUUCUUGAGCAUAUUGGUGAAUGAAAAGAUUGUUAAUUCCCUCUGAAAAUUAUUCACAUCAGAACAAAAACAGAGACUAAGUGGGUAAGGGUUCUCUAUUUCACAAUUUAUUGUAAAAUUUUAUAGUACACUGUAAUACGGGGGAUAUCUACAAGCAUUCACAAGGAAUCUGCUACAUUUACUUGAACAUUCAAUUAUUGUGAAAAGUGUGACUCAUAUGAAAUAUACAACUUGUCUUUGAUUUAGAAGUCCGUUUCUCAAAUGUUAUCAAUGUUUGUCCUUUGUAGGUUGAUAAUUUUAACUUAAGCAAGCAAAUGUAUUCACUUGGUAAAACCCUACCUCUGUUGCUGAAAAUGAGAAUGUCUUAAACUUAAAGCAUCUUAAACUGGACUUCAGUCAGGUAUGCAUAUACAAACUGGGUAUCAGAAGAUUGUAUUAAACUAGGCGAGUUUUGUUAUUUCUUUAUCUAUUUGUUUUUAAGCAUAUGACAAUAUGUAUUUUGUGCAACAUAAGUGCUUAAGUUUGUAAUGUAUACAACAAAAGCAUUUUCAGAAUUUAUUUAUAAUAUUGUGUUAAUUUAUUAGGCUUUAUUUUUCUUUGUCUAUUAUCCAAAUCACGUACAGGUAGAGAACAAAAAAUGGAAACACCUGGGUAAAUGAGGGACACCAAGUAUAUUGAAAGCAAGGGCUUCCACACAGGUGUGGCUCAUGCGUUAAUUAAGCAAAUAACAUCCCAGCAUGCUUAGGGUCACGUGUAAAAAUGCUGGACAGGCCUGGUUGCAAGAGGAGACCUCACAGACUUUGAAAGAGGGGUGAUUGUUAGGGUACAUUUGGCAGGAGCUUCAGUGACCAAAACAGCUCAACUUGCUGAUGUUUCAAGAGCAGUGGUGUCAAAGGUGAUGUCGGCAUGGAACUCCGAGGGAAAGACAUCAUCAACAAAGGGCAACAGUGGGCGGAAGCGCAUACUCUAGGACCGUGAUAUCUGUGCAUUAAUUCGAAGUGCAAGGCAAAACAGGCGACAACUGUCAAUUGACUGCAAAUUUCAACCUGGGGCGCGAGCAGGCAGUUUCAUCAAAAACGGUCUGCCAAGAACUCCACAGAGCGGGAUACCAUAUUAUUAUUAUUAUUAUUAUUAUUAUUAUUAUUAUUAUUAUUAUUUGUUUAUUUAGCAGACGCCUUUAUCCAAGGCGACUUACAGAGACUAGGGUGUGUGAACUAUGCAUCAGCUGCAGAGUCACUUACAAUUACGUCUCGCCCGAAAGACGGAGCACAAGGAGGUUAAGUGACUUGCUCAGGGUCACACAAUGAGUCAGUGGCUGAGGUGGGAUUUGAACCGGGGACCUCCUGGUUACAAGCCCUUUUCUUUAACCACUGGACCACACAGCCUCCUAUAGUGGUCCAGUGCCCUCUUAAGUGACUUUCCAUUGGUGUUUCCAUUUUUUUGUUCACUACCUGUAUAGCAGUGAGCAUUCAGUGACUAUGAAAAUGGUUAGAAACUAAAAUACACCCCUUUUUGAAUUGACUAGGUAACUUCUUUCUGAUUCUCAUUGUGAUUGGCUGCUGAAUAAAUCCUGUCUGUACGGAAGCAACAGGCUUACUUUUCCAACAGAUCUGUGUGGGUCUCUAAUAUUAACUCCGCUGUGUUAAAUUCUUUGUUUGUCAUGUGACUUAUAGCUUCUUCUGUCAACUCUUGGCUAAAGCAAGGAGACAGAACUAUGUGUAACCCACAUCAAGUCAUGAGACUGGUCUUUUUCUUUUUCAUUGCCAGGCAAUAUUUCAUUUUUACAAUAACACUGAAGAGUUCAUUCGUUUUAUCUAACUUGUGCAACACUACAUUUCAGUUUAAAUGGUAAAUGUGGGGAAUAAGGUAACAAAUAAAGGUAUCUGGCAAACAGCUGAGAUUUUAUGCCAAGCUUUACACUGCCAAUUUCCAAAUGGGAAGAGAAGCAUAGUCUUGCGUUAAAAUACAUUGAAUGCAAAACGUAUACCAGCAGCAUGUCUUUGUAAUAUUGAAAAGUAAAAAAUAAAAAUAAACCUUUUAUUUUUUAACUUUUAUGCUUUAUAAUUAUAUAGUAAUAUGCAUUUCUUCACUAUUUUUAGCUUGGUAAAGGGCACGUUUUGUGAUCUUUAUAAGAAUAUGCUAUCCUAUAUAGCAAAUGCUGUUUUUAAUGAUUUCAAUUAUAUCAAUUAAAGUGUAAAACCGCACACUUGUCAUGCA